AUUUUUAUGUUUUGAUAAUAUCUCGAUACAUAUCCUCUGAAAUCACUGUUGAAAUUACUCUUGAGAUCAAUUUAAAUGUGACACUCUGUAUAAAUGAAGCCAACAGCGAUUGGGCUGCCGCAGUUUAAAGCGAUUAUUUGAGUUCUAUCCUCAGUGAAGCGGUUUUUAAGCAAAAAUAAUCGCGGAGAGGAGCAAUUAAUUUCUAACAAACUAUUCUUUUUAAGAUAUAUUUCAAAACAUAAUUUAAUCAGCAAAAAUGGGAGAUGAAGUCAACCCUAAAGCGUAUCCUUUAGCAGACGCUACUUUGACUUCUAAAAUUUUGAAUUUAGUGCAACAAGCCAUGAAUUAUAAACAAUUAAGGAAAGGGGCCAAUGAAGCAACAAAAACAUUAAAUCGUGGCUUAUCAGAAUUUAUCGUAAUGGCUGCAGAUGCAGAACCUCUAGAAAUUUUGCUGCAUUUGCCAUUAUUGUGUGAAGACAAAAAUGUACCAUAUGUAUUUGUUAGAAGCAAACAAGCUCUAGGUCGUGCUUGUGGUGUAUCUAGGCCUGUUGUUGCUUGCUCUGUGACGGUUAAUGAAGGAUCACAAUUAAAACCACAGAUUCAGGCUAUACAACAAGAGAUUGAACGUCUCUUAGUUUAAAUACUUUGUACCUGAUUCAGAAUCAUUCUUUUUAAAUUUAAAUGUAAUCAAACUAUUAUUUCUAUUUUUUACACAGAAUUUUGAAUAAUUUCAAACGAUCGAGCCUUAUAUAUCUUUCAUGCAGUGAAAUUUAUGUAUAAAUUAUCUUUAUGACUGAAAAAUGUUAACUAAAAAGUAUUGAUAUUCUGUCUGUAUCACAAUCCAAAAUAAAUGUUUUUUAUCACAUAUAAAAUUCAUGAUCUUGUAUGACUUUGAUAGUUACUUUCAUAUUGUGUAAAAGAAUAAACAACAUUUCACUUAAAAAAUAAAAAA